GAUUAGAGGAAAAAACUUAAUAUUUUCACAAAGUUAAAUUAAUAGUUUCUUUAAAAACAUUUUAUAUUUUUUGGUUGUCAAGUUAGGAAAUUUAAAAUGGCCCACGGGGCUCCUUUUAAAACUAUAACUGAUCCCGAAUUAAUUCGGAAAAAAAAUGAAUUACGAAAGGCUAUAUCUGAAGAAUACAUAAAGCAUACAUCAAACCCUUACCGUAACAUAAAAAUGGAAGGUGGAACUUUGUUUGAUGUCGGUAUUCAAAGAUAUAUGUCUCUGAAAGCAACACAACAUGAAUUUUUCAAGCCUACACCUAAGACUUCACUUUUGGGUGUACUAAUGAUAGUAAUACCAUAUUUUAGUCUGACUUAUUUCAUUAAAAAAGAACGCGACCGUCGAGAAAAUUUAAUUCGAACUGGACAAGUAUCUUACAAGGAAAGAGGAUUCAAAUUUGCAUAACAAGAUUUACAUUUAUAUGAAUAUUUUUAGUGUUAUUUUGGUUACAUUACCAUUGUUGUUUAGAUUUAUUAAAAUAGAAAUGUAACAAAUAAAUAAUAAUUAUCAUAAAAAUUUAAUUUCAACUCCAUUAUAUAUAAUUUUUUUUUUUUAUGUCUGUAAUAAUAAUAAUGAACAGUUAUUCAUUUGAGUUCAAUGAAAUAUAUAAAAAGAUAACUAAUAAUAA